GGGAAUCUUUUUGACCCCAUUUAGGGGGAAAAAAGUAUAUUUUGUAGAGGCGCGUAGUUCGAUUAAGGACAAAAAACAAUUGAAGCCCCUCUUAUGCAAAGACGUAAUUCUAUUGCACGAGACAGCGAAUGCGAUGUAAAUAGGACAGCAAAAAUACUGAGGCUCGUGGACUCUAAUUCCGCAACACGUGUUGUCAACUGGAAUUUUCUUGCAUAGAGAAAAUCAGCUGGAGAAUGCCAACAGAUGCCCAAAAAAUUGUAUAUCCACCAUACCACGUCACAGAACCCCGUGGUUUUGGAGUAAAUCGUUAAAAACACGAUGAAACUUGUCUCCUCAUGCCGGCAGACAGUGGGAUUGGGGGCGCCACCAGGGGAAGGGGGCUCGACAUUAGUGUGUAUUGUGUGGAUUUCCAAUGAACUGCGCUUCUGUGUAUCGUAAAAUCCCAACACAGGCGUGAAAUUCCCCAAACGCGCGGGCUUUUCACAUGAAAACAAAGCCGAUGUAACGCGAAUAGUGUAUCUUCGGGACUAUUCGAGUUGGAUUUUGUGGUGGGGGUAGCCAAGGGUAUAUAAGCACUUGGUAUGAUACAGCACCAAACACAUUGUGAAAUUCUAUCAAGAAGUAAAGAAGUCAAGUGAAUUUGAAGAGCAUUCAACAGAGGAAUUUCAUCUGAAUUGCAUAAGACGGUGUAAACACAAGUGAUACAGCAGAAUAACUAAGCAGCAUACAUUUUGGAUUUAUCAGUGAAUACACUAAAUACCACACCUCCCUGGGGGACAAAGCUGAAGAAAUUCAGUGCAAUUGUAAGAGUGAAAGUCACUAAACUGGCACCACAUUCGGAAUAUAUUUCCCUAAAUUUGAGGCGAGACUCCAAAGACGAGAUGGUACUUGAAGAGAAAACGUUUGAAAGUGUUGAGCAAAUGGCACGAAAACCAACAAAUCUCGGACGGACAGUCCGAAAUGUCCUGCUAAGGGCACAAACAGACAAGAGGACAAUUGUGGGUGUUGCUGCAGCAGUAAAGACACUCUCAUCUGCCCCGGAGGAUGCCCUCUUCUGUUUCCUGGCACCACCAUCACAAGGUGAUAGUGCUACACAUAUGCAGGAAGUCCUGCUACAGGCUUUCUGCUUUGAGAAUGACAUCUACAUCAUCAAAGUGGACAGCAGUGAGAAAUUGAGUCGUAUCCUUGGGGCACACACUCUGGAAUCCUGUGCUCUCGUUCAAAAAGCCUGGACCGUGGAUCAAACUGAAGAACUUCUCACAGCUGCUGAGGAAGACCUCGUGGAUCACUGUGAAGCCUUCUGGGAUGCACCAAAUCAACCAGUCGUGCGUCUUCCUGAACUGUGAAUUCCAUCCGACAAAAUGGGAUGGAAUCCCAGUUGGUGCUACACAUCUGAAAUUUGACAUGGACCUAGAGUGGGUAAACCCACCUUUUUCCUGAUCAACAAAACGCAUCUCAUUGUUUGCGUGGAAAGUGUCCAUAAUAUUUUGGAACAUUUUUAUAUUUUACAUCUUCAAUACGUAGCCAUGGAUGUCAUCAUUCAGAUCGACUACAACUUGAAGAAGAAAAGCAAACAAAUUAAUUUGGUGCAAGAAACUACCAAAAGGAUUUAUUUUCCACAAAAACACAUUUUUCCCACAUAUUUUUGGCUAAUUAUGUGGAACGCUAUUAUGGGGCGCUAUAGAUUAUGUAAAAUAUUAAUUAAUCUUGAAACAAUACUAAGAACUAGAUAUAAGUUGGAAUUUGAGCACAGCAAAGUGCAUCAACCUCAUGAUAAAAAAAUUGUUACAACUAUUGAAGUUAGGGCGAUUAAAGAGAAGAAAAUUGAAUAAAUAAAAUAUGAAUUGUAAAUGAAUAUAAAAA